CGCACCCUAAGUCCAAACCCAUCGUGUGUUGGUGGGAAGUGUUGAAGCUUGAGCCUUCAGAGAGUUUACUUGAUUGAACGGUGAAAAUAACAUGGCUAUGGUAUGGUUGCAGUUGCAGAGAAUCAUCACAAAGGGAGAUGCUAAUUUGUUCGCGAGAACACUCCCGAAUUCUACACCUUAUUAUUAUUCGUCUAGAUUCUUCUCCAAAUCAAACCCCUAUGUUGUGAAGGUUGGAAUACCAGAGUUUCUAAAUGGAAUAGGGAACGGAGUUGAAUCCCAUGUUGCUAAGCUUGAAUCCGAAAUCGGUGACUUCCAGAAGCUACUUGUCACUCGCACCCUCAAACUCAAGAAGCUCGGUGUUCCUUGCAAACAUAGGAAGUUGAUAUUGAAAUACGCACACAAGUACAGGCUGGGAUUGUGGAGGCCGCGUGCUGAGCCCAUCAAAGCCUGAUUAGUUUCUAAGCAGUAGGUACCAUUUCUUUGUAAGACCAAAUCGUAAAUGUUUAGCCAUGGCAGAAUGACAAUGCUUAAUUUGGCAUGAAAAGAUCAAGUGAUUCAAGUCAUUGGCUUUGGAUACCAUUUAUCUUUUUCGUCACAUUAAUCUCUUAUGGACGAAGUUUAGUAUUUAUAUCAGUUAAGAACAAAGGACUUGUCGUAAUUGACAGUCUGUAUUUGUUAUUUCACAUCUCCAGUGAUAUGUUGUAUCGCAUGUUUUUGGCUAAGAGAAUAUUAAAGGCAUAGGAGUCCACAAUGCUUCAUUAUUCCAUGCUAGCUCCGGUUAAAUCCGAAGAUGCUCUUGCAGCCUUUUGCAUCUGGUGCUAAUUGUUCCAUGAUUGAUCAGAUACUCUUUGUUGUGCAUGAUUUGACGGGACAUUAUCUAAUGUAUGAUAGUCUUACCAUGCUUCUCAAGCAGAAAAUUUUUUGGGGAGUCAUAACUAGGAUUACUGUAUGAUUUGCAUUCCUUAGCAUUUUGUCUCUCUCUUUUUUUUUUGUCAGAGGGA